GUUGUUUUUGACAACUGUCAUUCUGCAGCUACUGUCAAGCGCUGACACAACAUUUGUUAUUGUGGUUACUUGUUGAAGUUUUCAUGUUGUACUGUGCCUGUGCUGUGAACAUCGAUAAAAAAAAGUAGUGAAAAUCAUUUGCAGGUUGUUAAUUGUACACAUGUGCUUGUGUGUGGGUGCGCGUGUGUGACUGAAACGCCGGUCUUUAGUACGUUGCGUUUAUUGCGUUUGUUACUAAGAAAUUUAGCGUAAAUUUAUCGGUGUUUCUGAUCCAAUUUAAGUUCAGCCAGCGCUGCGCCUUGCAAUGAAUAACUCAAUAAACCAAAGCAAUAUUCGCUUGUGUCGCGCUGUAGAGCAACAUCCAUGUCUUUAUGAUCGUUCACAAGCGUGGUGUGUUGGUGAUAAACGUUCUGCUUAUGAAAGUGCUUGGUCUGAUAUCGCCGCAGCGUGUGGGGAGCCAGUUCCAACCUGCAAAUUGCGUUGGCGCAAUAUACGCACGGCCUUCACGCGUUUGGUAGUCGCUUCGCCGAAGAAGCGCAAAGGUAAUCGUACCCGAGAUUAUCAUCUACAGGAGGCGCUACAAUUCUACGUACCACACAUACAAACCGGCAUAGAUGAAACGUCACUGCUUGAAAGCGAUGAUGAGACGGAUAGUGUAAAAUCAAGGAAAUCAACAACAUCAACAACUAAACAAAACAAGGCACAGAAAGAUGAAGAGAACGAAGAUAAUGCUGAAGUAGUAGACGAAAGCGCAUUAAAAACAAAUAGCGAAUUGCUGAAACAACAACUAAUUAAACGUGAAAAUACAAAGAGUUGUAAUAAAGAUAAUUUGGGAGAGUCGAAGGACAAUAUUGCGAAUGUUUUAAAGGCUACAGAGGACAAGCAUAAUGUAGGCGAGACGAAGGGAGGUCCGAAAGACAAUGUGGAGGGCGCAAAGAGAGUUCAAAAGGACGAGGACACAAAGAGAGUUCAACAAGAUAAAGUAGUGGACACAAAGAAAGUUCAAAAAUCGCAUGUGGAAGACACAAAAAGUGACAAAGAAGAAGUAGUGAGCGAAGUAAGUAAAGAACAAAUCAAUAAGAAUAUUAAAAAUGAGGAAAAUAUGCUCGAAACAAUCAAGAGAAUGCCCGGACGACCCAGAAGAGGUAGAAAAACAAACGAAGAUAUUCAAUUAGAAGACAAUACCGGUAAAUCCGUUGAAAGUCGGCCCACCAGAAAAACACAAUCAAUGUCGAAAAAUGAUAUAAAUGAAGAUAGUGACGACGCCGCUAACAGUCUGGCGGAAAGGCCAGAAAAGACCAAGUCUUCGAACAAAAUAUCGUAUUCAGCAAAGGGUAAAGGCACCUUUUAUAUAACCCCCAAGAAUAGCGGUACAAAAUUUGUUAUUAAGAAGAAUAACGAUAGCAAUGAUAAUAACAAAACCGCCGAUGCGUCCGAAAAUGAUAUGGAAGAAGAUGUGAGCAUACGCGAGUUGGCGCUUGUAAACAAGUCCAAGCACAACAAAACUAAUGAAAUCGACAAUGUCGACGCGAGUAGUGACGACAUGCCUCUAGUGUCGCAGUCUCGUUUUAGGCGCGCUUCCAAACGUAGUUUAGACAAACCAACGCCAGCUCAGCUGCGCGUGCGCCAGAAGGAGUCGAAAACGAAAGAAUUGAAACACAGUACGGAACGUUUGAAAACACUAGGUAAAGCUGCGGCACAGCUAGUUGAGUCACCUAAGAAACAACCAAAGCCGGAAACGAGCGUAGAGCCAAAUGAAAAUCCAGCAACUGGUAUUAAUUCAAAGACUCGUAUACUUUGUCGCGCUGUAGUAGUCGACCCUAGUGUAAUAUCAUUAUCAGACACAACAACCCAAGACGUACACACCAAAACACCACCAACCACCGCCGAACAACCGAAAGUGUCUACAAAUGAGUGUCAGCCUCAGUGUUCGCCAAAGUCAAAAAGAAAGUUGGAGCUGCAAAACGUUGAGACGACAACACUCGCACGCAUACAUCAAGGCGUCCAGUGCAGUCUGCAGCCAACUUCAAGCGAUGAUGAGUUUCUCAAAACUCUGAAACCCUAUUUGCAUGAUAUGAACGCGCGCCAAAAGUUGCACUUCAAAAAGAAGAUUUUCGAAUCGUUGAUGGAAGUUUUCGAUAGCGGCAGCGACUUUCCCACACACGAUAUGUCGCACGUGCCCAACGCUGCUGCCGUGGCGUCCGCCACGGCGAUCAUACCGAAACAAUUGAGCAGCGUGAGAGAUGAAGAAUUGCGGCUGGUGCGUGAAUUGGUGGCAAUGGUGCAGGCGGCCAAGCAUACCACAGAUAUUCAGUAUGAGCUUGCAGCUGAGGUCACCGAUACCAGCCAACAAAUGCAUAUGGUGAGCAGUUUUGAAAAGCAAGCUCCUCUCUUCACACCAACCACCACAAUUACCUCGUUCUCAUCAACCGCAGCCAUAGCGCCACCGACGCUAGCUGUGCGCGGUACACCGCUAAGCACUUCUACACCCCAAAAUACAAAACUAAGGAACCCGACGCUGCCCAACGUUGUGACAGUAAAUAAUCGUUCAAUACAACCACAACCAGUUAGUACCGCAGCAACUGGCACGAUCACAAUUAAUUCAUCCACAGCGCUCUCGAUGUCACCAGGCGUACAACGUCGCGUCGUACGUAAGUUGGUCAAGGUAAACGCGGAUGGUCAGGUCACCUACAGUACAAUGCCUGCCACAGCAACAAGUACGACUGAGGCAACACCGAAUGGUGAGGUCUUACGCCGACGCAUUUAUCGUAUUUUACCAAAACCUUCAAUGUCCAACGAGCAAGGUUUACAACAUGCGGUCACCACUAGUGGUGUUGGUACGUUCAUUGUGCCGCGUACGACUGACGUAACAGCCAAUAUAGAGACGCCACGCAUUAGAGUGGGCAAUAAUGCGCCACCAGGACUAACGACAACAGCAUCAUCAACGACAAAUAAGCAAGACAAGAACAAGAGCUCGUCCAUCACUGUUGCGGCCGGUGCGCGUCCUUUAAUGCGUCGCUAUUCGGUUUGCGGCGCCUUGCCAAAUGCAGCAAUUGAACGUCAAACAACCAACACCAAUAAGUUUAUAACUACCACUGCCAACACCAGAGAAGCUCAAACGGUGCCAAAGAUCACCAUUGCCAGUCGGAAUUCACCACCAAAAAUGUUUGCUAAAGACAUUUUCAAAUUACCGCCAACAUCAACGCGCAGCAUCAACACCUCUAUUGUCACCACCGCAAAUGCUAAUGCUACAGUAACUGUUGUUGUAACCAAUACGACAAAUUCCCGAAGUACGCCCAUAGUGAGCGUGAGUAAUUCUUCUGCACGUACAGUGCCCUUGACUGUGGGUUUCAAUAAGUUCUUCCGUGGUGAUAUUAAUACCAAGGGAACGCCUACAUCACAGCCUAAUUCAGUUGCGCAAAACUCCAACGCGUCGCCGUCUCAAGUGUCCAACUCUCAAGGCAUACAGACUUCGCAGCCCCGAAUUUCAAUCUCUUCUUCAACGCCUCGUGUCUCAUACGCACACUACUCCAAUAAGUCUCAAUCGCGCGUUACAGUCUCUCAAAAUCCAAACACAUCUCGUGCUUCAAAUUCGCAGAAUUCUUCUACCACCCACUCUCAAUGUCCAGUUAUGCAGAGUUCUAGCAUCUUACGCGGCGCUUCUUCAAGCGCUUCGGAUAAUAGCAGUCCCUCAUCGCCACCGCCACCGCCAGCUUUUGUUGCUUGCAAUCCGGUUAAGCGUACGUACGAGCGCUCGAGCGCUACCAAUGCCGAAAAACGGCUGUGCUCGGAUGUAGAAAAACGAAAUACCGAAGAACCUAUCGAGGAGGAUAUGUUGGGUUUGGGUAUUAUAGCGUCGGAUGCUUUUGACGUAUUGCAUAUCAAGGAAGAGCCGGAAGACCUUGAUUUUGAAUUCUAAAAUUAAUAAAAGGGACGUUUAAAUUAAACAUUUUAUUCCCGAGAAGUGCACUUUCAUUCAAUAUUUUUAUAUUAUUCACCUUCAUUGCUUGCUUUUAUAAUUUAAUAACAAUUAUUAAUCAUUUAUUCUUAGUUUUAAAAGAAACAGUGGAGAUAUUAAAAUGAAUUGUUUAUUAAUCUAAUAAAUAUGGUGUUUGAA